CAUGUUUACUUCGGUGUUAUUUCUUCAGUCAGUGCUAGUCUGAGCGUUGCGGCGCGCGCGUCCGUCUCCCGCUCACUAUAACCAUGUGCAUCUGUGAUCUCCGCAAUGAGAAACCUAGCGAAAUUACUCAUCUUAGCAUCGUUCCUUUUCGUUAUACUGUUCCUUUAUUUAACCUUGAGAGAAUGGCAACAUUCAGAACAACAGUUAGACAAAAUCUUCCAAAUAGAACAAAAUUGGACAACAAUCGAUGAACAACAUGGAAAAAGUGUGAGAAUGAAAUAUAUUUUACAGUGGACUAAUCCGAAAAAUGUGCCAUUUGUGUAUAUGGGUGUGGGCCAGCAGACGUUUAUCGAGCGAAAGUGCCAGUUUACUAACUGCUACGUCACUAGCGAUAGGAAUUUUCUGGGGGACGUUUCCAAGUUUGACGUCAUUGCGUUUUCGGGAACCGAAAUCAUCGCUUGGCCUCUUGAACAAAUAAAACCUAAAAAGCGAUCGCUGCAUCAGAAAUAUGCUUUUACUAACAUAGAAUCAGCUGAUAACUAUCCAUUCUGCUCUCACAUAUUGGAUAACUUUUUUAACUGGACGUGGACGUACAAGUUAGACUCAGAAAGUAAAUGGGGGUAUAUAAUAGUAAGAGAUGCAAAUAAUAAUGUGAUAGGUCCGAAGAAAGAUAUGCAUUGGAUGAGGUUAGAAGACAUGGACCCUGUGAGUGAAGAGUUAAAUGUACAGUUGAAAAACAAAUCCAAGGCAGCAGCGUGGUUUGUGUCCAACUGUAACACGCGAAGUGGUCGAGAGAAGUACGCAGAAGAUUUGCAAAAAGAACUACAGAUUUACAAUUUAUCGAUAGAUGUCUACGGAAAAUGUGGACCCUAUAAAUGCAGCCGCGACGACGAAGAGGCGUGUUUUCAAAAAAUAAAAACAGAUUAUUAUUUCUAUCUCUCAUUCGAGAAUUCACACAGUGAGGAUUAUGUGACUGAAAAACUGUUAUCUGCGUUGAAAUACAAUGCAAUACCUAUUGUCUAUGGAGGUGCUAAUUAUACUAGAUUCAUGCCAGAUGGAAUUUAUUUGAACGCAAGAGAGCUAGGGCCUACAGCUUUGGCAAAGAAAAUGAAAUUUCUAAUAGACAAUCCCGAUCAGUAUAAAGAAUAUUUCCGAUGGAAGAACCAUUAUUCCUAUUACAGAAGAAAUGACAACGCAGAGACAGAUGACUACUGCGGUUUCUGCAGCCUCCUCAACAACGAAGAGAUGGUGGAAAAGACCUCUAUAUAUAAGAACUUUAAAGAGUGGUGGAAUGAUCCACAUAGUAGGUGUUUGUAAUGGGCUGAUUACUGUGUU